ACUAUCAAUGACGAGCAGAAAUCGGUUAUUCGGGAUAUAUUAAGGUCUCUGUGGUGUGUGACAUAUAUCUAGCCAGGUCUGUGUUCAGUAUUCACAUCUGUUCAACACGUCUGACAGGAUGGACUCUCAGGUGGCGCGCAGCGGCAUCAGCGUCCAGCAGUCUGACCUCAUGUGUAAGAGAGGAUGCGGUUUCUAUGGGAACGCCGUCUGGCAGGGCCUGUGCUCGAAAUGCUGGCGAGAGGAGAACCAGUGCACCAGAUCCAAGCAGAUACAGGAGGACCGAGCACUAGCCGAGAGGUUACAGCGAGAGGAGGAAGCGGCGUAUGCUAGCAGCAGUGAGGGGGCUCGCUCUCAGCCCGCAUCCUCCAAAACAAACAGUGUGCCCAUGGUCAAGAGGCUCUUCACCUCUGCUCCCAAAACACCUGGAAGGAGAGAUGCAGGAUCUUCAAAGACGCCGGUGAGCCAGAGCUCGUCCCAGAGCCGGCAGCCCAGCGCAGAAUGUGACCGCAUUACACAGCACUUCAUCGACUUCCUCAAACCCUUCCAGAGACCCGGAUAUGACAUUUUCAAGCAGUGCCAUGCCUUUGCUGAAAACAUUGCACACAAAAAGGUUGUUGGCUGUGAAGAUCUCUCAGACUCUGUGCAGGACUUUUAUCAGAGCAUGUCUGAAUACCUGCAGACCAACUUUAAAGGCUCUCCUGAAGUGGUGGAGACCGUGAUGGAGGAGGUGGAGCGGUAUGUGAUGGGUCGUCUGUAUGAGCAGCUCUUCUGUCCUGACCACACUGAUGAUGAGAAGAAAGACCUGACCGUCCAGAAGAGAAUCAGGGCUUUGCACUGGGUGUCCAUUGCGAUGCUGUGUGUUCCUUUAGACGAGCAGAUCCCCAAAGUGUCAGACAGCGUGGAGAGAGCCAUAACAGACCUGAUCAACUUGGACUCCAAAAAGGUUCCUAAGGAGAAGCUGGCGUGUGUCACCAGGUGCAGUAAACACAUCCUGACGGCCAUCCAGGGGAGUAAGAAAGCGGCCGCCUCAGCAGACGACUUUCUGCCUGCGCUGGUCUACAUCAUCCUGAAGGCUAAUCCACCACGAUUACACUCCAACAUCCAGUACAUCACCCGCUACUGCAACCCCAGCCGCCUCAUGAGCGGAGAGGACGGAUACUACUUCACUAAUCUAUGUUGCGCCGUGUCCUUCAUCGAGAAGCUUGAUGCGCAAUCGCUAAACUUGAGUCCUGAAGACUUCGAGCGCUACAUGUCUGGAGCGACGUCUCCAUCCGGCUGCAGCACACAGAAUGGCUUUAGUGCGGCGGUCAGUAGCGCAGACGUCCCGCCGCUGGACCCGAAGAGGAACCAUCACCAGAAAACAGCUCCGGAAACAGACCUCAUCGAAUGGAGGGAUGGCCAGGAGCUCUCAGUGCUGGGUUUACUAGAAGGAGAAACACACACCAACACUGCGAACUUCACCAUCGACUCAGAAAACAUCGGUGGAGAGAGUCUGCCUCCGCCGUUACAGCCGCAGAAAUUCACUGGUUAGCUCAAAUCUCAACCGCACAUAGACUGACAUCGGCUGGAGACUCUUUCUCAGAGGUUAGUGAUGGGCUCACAAACGCUGGGCUCAAUUUAAACAUCUGACAACCAGCAGUCCAGCGUAGUUCCUGCUUCACUUUCAAAAUUGAGUAGAAGAUAAGAGGAGAAUUCAUGUCUGAUUUUAGGACCAUCAAGAUUUUGUUUUGUGCGUGUGUAUGUGUGUGUGUGUGUGUGUGUGUGUGUGUGUGUGUGUGUGUGUGUGAGUGUGAGUGUGUGUGUGUGUGUGGUGUUGUGAAAAGAUUAAUAACUUGACAUUAUGCAAUAUUUAUAUGUCAGAAGAGUUGUUUCAAAUGUCUGUGUGGUGUUGCGAAUCCGUUCAUUAGAAAUCAAAUAUUUGUGGUUUUAAGAUCAUAUUGCGCUGCAAAUAUAUCCCUUUAUUACUUAGAGAUUGUCUCAUUUCUUGUACAAAUAUCUAAAAAGAAUUAAAUCAAGAAGCAUUUUUUACACAAGCAACAAAUAAUGUCAUUUCAAAUAAACAAAAAAAA